AUGAGUGUCCCACCCGCUCCAGUACCAGCUACACAGCAGGCUUUCCCCCCUCUCAACUUCGAAGACACCCCCGUGGAAGACCUGGAACAGCUCCGUCCAAGACUCACCCAGUUAACACAUUCGUUGCGCAAACUGGAAGAAGCCCUACGAGUACUGCACUAUACCCAAUCCAAUGCUGAGUUGACUGCAAUACAGAACCAGUUUAAUGUCAUUCUCCAACAACUUGCCAGUCUUAGUCGAACCUUGCAGGCACACAAGGAAAUCCUCCAGGUGACAAAUGUCUUCCCAAACCGAGAAUUCAAUACCAUGUCCGGUCUCCUAUUCAAUUUGCUGCGAAAAAAGCUAACCCCAGAAGUAGAGGAAUGGAUCAAAAAUGCAACACAAAUAGCCACUGCCCAUCCGCCUCACUCGGCCCACUCCAUUCCUCCGUCGACGGCUACUUCAACCGUCACCCAAAAUACUAUCAAUACAGCGGCCGCUACAACAAACUCUCAUCUGAAAUCUUCCGCUGACGCCGAUGCCUUGGAGACAUUGUUAUUUAGGGAUGAUCAACUAACGGAUGAGUAUGUGGAAUAUGCACACACUACAUUAGAAGACUACAUGUUUGGUGGAUAUUUGACUAAAAGCGAAAUAGAUUCAGGUCUCAAAAUCAGUGACGUUUUGAAAAAUGUUAAAAAGGAAGAUUUGGAAUCACCAAUGUCUUCUCCAUCUCCUAUAGCUGCCUCAUCUCCCUCUCCUUCCGGACCACCUGUUGCUGAGAGAGAUCUUUUGAGGUUCAUCUACCAGGGUCUUGACUCAAACGUGUCCUUGAAAUGA